AUGGCGUGGCCCAACAAGAACAAGGACAUGAUAUACCGCCGCGUAGGCAACUCGGGAUUGCAUGUCUCUGCGCUGGGACUGGGUGGUUGGUUAACUGAAGCAGGGGAGAAGGCUGACUUAUGCCAUGCAGAGGUUGCUUUCAAAUGCAUGAAGCAGGCGUACGACUGCGGUAUCAACUUUUUCGACACGGCAGAAAGCUACGCUAAUGGCCAAUCCGAGAUUGUGAUGGGGCAGGCAAUCAAGAAAUAUGGGUGGAAACGAAGCGACAUUGUCAUCAGCACCAAACUCAAUUGGGGACUGGCAAAUGGGGAGAUCCUUAUCAACAAUCAUGGUCUCUCUCGCAAACAUAUCAUUGAGGGCACCAAAGCGUCGCUCGAGCGGCUGCAGCUGGAAUACGUUGACAUCAUUUAUGCCCACCGCCCAGAUAGACUCACACCAAUGGAAGAGACAGUGAGAGCGUUCAAUUUCGUGAUUGAAAAGGGCUGGGCCUUUUACUGGGGCACAUCAGAGUGGUCAGCGGACGAGAUCGCAGAGGCAUGCGGCAUUGCCAAAUCUCUAGGUCUGAUUGCGCCAAUCGUCGAACAACCGCUCUAUAACAUGCUCGACCGUGAAAAGGUUGAGGGGCAGUACCAGCGACUGUAUGCAAGAUUUGGAAUUGGGUUGACGACCUUCUCGCCAUUGAAGAUGGGGUUGCUGAGUGGCAAGUACAACAAUACGUCUGCACCUCCUCCUGGCUCCCGCUUCGCUGAGAGUACGGACAAGUUUGCUCGCGGAGCACGCGACACCUGGGAGAGCGAGCAGUGGGCAGGGAAUGUCAAAAAGAUUGCGGGUUUACAGCUUGCACUCGCCUGGUGCCUGAAGAAUGAAAACGUCGCUUCUGUCAUCACAGGAGCCUCGCGACCCGAACAGAUUCUCGAUAAUGUCACAAGCUUGGAGUUGUUGCCGAAAUUGACCCCAGAGGUAAUGGAAGAGUUGGACGAGUAUCUACAGAACAGACCGGCCCGGGAUCCUGCGAGACUGGACUAG